UGGUAGCAGCAGUGGUUGCAAGAGCGGUAGCAGCGGUGGUAGUGAUAGGUGGUAGGUGGUCUGGGCACUGGGGCGGUGUCUUUGUCUCGUUUCCAGAGCAAGGUGUGGAUGCUCCCUCUCGGGGCUGGCGGGCAGGGGAAAGCCAGGCAGAACUUGGCUUGCAAGUACUGGGCAGGUGUUCAAGCGAAGGGCCGGGGUGGGGAGGCAAAGAGGCGAUGUAUUGACGUGUUGCAGCCGGCUGCUGAACACAAGGGAAGGUCGGUGGUACGGGCGGUUGAUCGAUUGUUCGGUCCGCAAGGAGCAGAUGAACAAUGCGAGAGAAAGAGACGUCCGUAGAAGCGGCCCUGGGGCUGUUGAAGAACACCGGGCGAUGAAUGAGGUCACGGGCGAGUCUGCGAGGGACGGGGAAGCUGAUUCGCCGGGAGCAGGGGGACGGGGGACGAGGACUAAAGGUCGACGAUCAGACACCAAGAGGGGGCCACGCUUUGAGUGGGUGAAGUGGGCGAAGUGGGUGAGGUGGAUGCCAGGGUCGUCUUUGGGGUGUCUACCGGCUUCUCUGGCGGUCCUCGGUGGUUCCAAUGGUCUCCAAUGGUCCUCAGCGGCCGUGGACAGUCCUCAGUGGCCUUUGCAAGGUCCGCAACGGAUGGGUCUGGUCUCGCAGUGGUGGAGCCGAGCCGUGGACUGGCGCAGGACGCGGACCUGGUCGACUGGACAGCGGGAUGGGGCCUGUGAGACGGGGUUGAUUCGCCGGACCGGCUUGGCUGGAGGGGCCUUUUCGGCGCCCAGGGUGCGAAGGCGAGAGGGAGGGUGGAGGAGGGUGGGCAGUGGAGGGCGGAGGGUCCAAGGCGACUCGUGAGGGUGUGCGAUGGCGUUAAGGAGUGCUGGGGUGGUUGGUGUGUUGGUGUUGAUGGUAGCUGAUGUUUGCAGGUACCUGGGUACUUGGCGACUCGUGAGGCCGGGUGUGGGGGUGCCUGAGGCACGAGAGGACAAGGAUAUCACUCAAGUACU